UUUAUUUUUAUUUAUUUAUUUAAACUUUAUUGCACACAUAAAGAAAAAUGUACAAAUGGCGAACUUAAUGCCAAAAGGCAUUCUCUACCAGUCAACCAUUGGGUCAAACAGAGACAUUUGUGUAUGUUGGUGCAGGAAAAAAUAGUAUGACUAUCUUUAGUUGGUAAUAGUUAAGUACUUAAUACCUUUUGUAAAGACCAACAGGUUUGAAUUAGUUGCCAAGCGGACCCCAGGCUUCCAUGAGCCGUGGCAAAAUGCCGGGACAACGCGAGGAAGAAGAAGGACCGUUUGUAAAGACCUCCAUAAAUCGCUGAACGAGUAUGUGCUUUAUCGCUAUGAAUAAAACACCCAUUAACUCCUCAUGUAGAUAACUCCUUUGAAGAACAUCGGACGGGUUAUCCACUUUUCUCAUUAGGGGUUAAAAGAGAUAACCAUCAAAUAUACAUAUUUACUUAUUAUUAUCACGCAACCUUAGUUUUGCGAAUCUAUAUUCAUUGAACCCGUGAAGUAAGAUAAACACCAGGACAAGAGAAACACUUGUAGGGAAUCCUUUGAGUCGGACCCCACCUAUAAGGAUAUAAUUGAUUAGGAUCAAAUACUUUAAAUUCUGAUUUUAGUAUAAUAAAUAAUACGUUUUGGAUAAAUCAGCAAUUGGCAAAUCAGGGUUAGUAACUUGCGUGUGGCUCUUUUAUUUUCCCAAAUAAAGUUAGAGAAAGGCUGCUCUUUGAACACCUUAAAUCUUUGUCUCUUUCCUUAAAAGAUUUCCUACUCCUGAAAUUGAUUCAUUCAUGACGUACCUACGUUUUGACAACCCUAUAAAUUAGUCAAAGUUUCCUGCGUUGUAAUUUCGUCACAACAGGCUUGUAUGCAUUACUCACUUACUGUUUACUCUAGUAUAUAAAUACACUAUGGUACAGUAUAACACAAACGACUCGCAAUCAAAAUCACAGUCAACAGUCAACGUCGGCAAGCGGCAGUUGUUAAAACAAUGGUUUUUCGUGUGCUCUUAUUUUUUACCAUAAUCGGGCUAGCGCAAAUAGCGCAAUGCAAAUUGCUAAAUUUGUCGUGUCAGCAAAUUCACCAAUUCGUAGAUGGUCAUAAUUCAAGGCGUCUUGAGGUGGCAAAUGGGAAAAUACACGAGCAACCAAGCGCUGAAAAGAUGAAGUCAGUGAUUUGGGACGAAGAACUAGCCGCCAAGGCUGCGCAUUGGGCUUCCACAAACCCUUCGGGUCAUAACCCUGAUAGAACAGUCGGAUCCGGAAAGUACCAAACGGGCGAAAAUCUCUACUGGUAUAUGACCACAGACAAUUCGUACAAAUUGAACGUGGAUAACGCUCUAAAGUCGUGGUUUGAAGAGUACAAGGAUUAUACCUUCGGACCCAUAAAGGGGUCUGAUUUUACAAGCGGCAAGCAGAUUGGACACUACACGCAGAUGAUAUGGUCCGAUUCAACACACGUCGGUUGCGCUGUGUCACAACAUCACGACGGAAGCUGGAACAAAUUCACAGUUGUCUGCAACUACGGACCAGCUGGCAACUGGAUUGGCGAAGUGCCGUACAGAAAUGGCCAUGGCAGCGGCAAACUCGUGUGCGGCGCUGGCGACUGCUCAAGACAGUACGGAAGCAAAUGCUGAACGCUCAUUGGCUAAAACGACAACGCAAUUCGAUU